CAACAACAACAAGAGCGACAAAUCAGUUCAAUCAGUUGAAACAUAUCGAGGAAAAUAACUAAUUUUUGUUCGUUGUUUGUUUUGAAUUGCCAAAAAAAACAUGAAGAUGAUGACAUUGAAGAUUGGAUUCAUCAAUGUAUUACCAUUUUCAUGGUUGGAACUUGAUUCGACUACAUCACAAUAUACAGUAACCGGUGGAUUUGAAUCACGAAUGUGGCAACUUGCAAGUGAAUAUUUUAAUUUUACAAUCGAAUGGAAACGUCGAGUGGAUCGUCAAUUUGGUGCUCAACUUGAAAAUGGAUCUUGGUCCGGUAUGAUAGCCGAAAUAAUCGAUAAUCAAAUUGAUUUAGCUGUAGGUGGUUUGAUGACAACUUCCAAACGUUUAGAUGUAGUGGAUUUUCUUUAUCCACAUGGACGAGAUAAGUUUACAUUCAUCUAUUCACCUAUUUCACAUAGCGGAAGCCCAAUUAAUCUUCUAAUACGACCAUUUCAUCAUAAUGUUUACAUUGCUAUUUUAUUGUGUGUAAUUCUUUUCUGGUUGUUCAGUUUAAUCGAAAAGAAUUGGCUACGUUCAUCACGACAACAAAAUGUUAAACAUAAUCUUCUGUGGAUUAAUCUUCAUUUGCUUGUAAGACAACCAUAUCAAAGAAUGUCAUCAACUAGUACAUCCAUUCGUAUUGCUUGCAUUUUUUGGACAUUUUCAAGUCUAGUAUUAGCAAAUUUUUAUCUUGGUACACUUUGUUCAAUAUUAACACUGCCUGAAAUUGAUGAAGUUGAUACAAUUGAUAAAUUUGUUGAUGCUUGUAUUUCUGGUCGUUUAAUUCCGAUGGCCAUAGAUAAUACAAGUAUUGUCGAAUUUUUUCGGAAUUCUCAAGAUAGUAAAUUGCUCACAAUUUGGUCAUUCAUCGUAUUGGUACCGAAUAGUUCUGUUCCAUUAAAUCUAAUAGUUUCAGCACAUCGUCCUUAUUCAUCAUUGAUUGCACCACGUGAAGCGAUGUUAUUUCAUCAAAAAAUAAAAGGCGAAGAUAAAAUCUUUGUACCGCCUGAUGAACAAUCAACACUUUUUCCAUCAUUUGUGGCCACACCGAUUCGAAAAGGUUUUCAAAACAAAAAAUUGUUUGAAAAAUUGAUUAAUUCUUCGUUGGCAAAUGCUCGAUUCUAUUAAAUAUAAAUUCAAAAUUGAUGUUAACGCAAAAGUUUCACCAGAAACAAUUGAAGAAUAUGAAAGUGAAGUUAUUAAUUUUAU